GAGCGAACUUUCAGUAAGCCGCUGGCAGCGAUCAAGUGUGAAGGUGACAGAUCCGCUAAACGUAUUUUAAUUGUACAUCAAUUGAAGACCCUAUCGAAGAUGUUCUCCAAACUGAGUACACGUGGUAUUGCCAGCCGCUUGAGCUGCAUGGCACAGAAAUCACAGCCCAACGAGACAACCCCAAAGAACACCAGCCGUUCCGAGGCGGUCUUUGCACGUGAACAAAAGUAUGGAGCACACAACUAUCAUCCGCUGCCCGUGGCCCUUAGCCGCGGCGAGGGCGUGCACGUGUGGGAUGUGGAGGGCAAGCGCUACUACGACUACCUUAGCGCCUAUUCCGCAGUCAACCAAGGUCACUGUCAUCCCAAGAUUAUUCAGGCACUCACGGAGCAGUCAAAAAAACUAGCACUGACGUCACGCGCCUUCUACUCCGAUGUUCUGGGCGAAUACGAGGAAUAUAUUACGAAAUUAUUUGGCUAUGACAAGGUGCUGCCCAUGAACACUGGCGUGGAGGGCUGUGAGACGGCCUGCAAGUUGGCUCGCAAGUGGGGCUAUGUGAAGAAGCAGAUACCCGAGAACAAGGCCAAGAUCAUCUUUGCCCGCAACAAUUUCUGGGGACGCACAUUGGCGGCCAUCUCGGCAUCGAGUGAUCCGAGCAGUUAUGGAGGUUUCGGUCCAUAUAUGCCCGGCUUUGAGCUGAUCGAUUACAAUAAUGUGGAGCAACUGGAGAAGGCGCUGCAGGAUCCCACGGUGUGCGCCUUUAUGGUGGAGCCCAUCCAGGGCGAGGCGGGCGUCGUGGUGCCGGACGAGGGCUACCUGCGCAAGGUGCGCGAGCUGUGCACCAAGCACAAUGUGCUCUGGAUCGGUGAUGAGGUGCAGACUGGACUGGCGCGCACCGGGCGCAUGCUGGCCGUGGACUAUGAGGAAGUGCGUCCCGAUAUACUGAUUCUGGGCAAGGCGCUCUCUGGCGGCGUUUAUCCCGUUUCGGCUGCGCUCUGCAACGAUGAAGUGAUGCUGUGCAUCAAGCCGGGCGAGCAUGGCUCCACCUAUGGCGGCAAUCCGCUUGGCUGCCGUGUGGCCAUCGCCGCUUUGGAGGUGCUCCAGGAGGAGCGUCUGGCCGAGAACGCCUUCAAGAUGGGCCAACUCCUGCGCAAAGAGCUCUCCAAGCUGCCCAAGGAGGUGGUCUCAGUGGUCCGGGGCAAGGGUCUGCUCAAUGCCAUUGUCAUUAAUUCCAAAUACGAUGCCUGGGACGUUUGCCUGAAGCUCAGGGACAACGGCUUGCUGGCCAAGCCCACCCACGGCGACAUCAUCCGCUUCGCCCCGCCUCUGGUCAUCAAUGAGGCCCAAAUGCUGGAGAGCAUUGAUAUUAUCAAAAAGACCAUUCUAAAUAUGUAAAAAUCUUAAUAUUAUUUGUAACUAUAGCAUUUAAAAUAUGUU